UAAAAGGCUCCACGACCCACGAGAACUAGGUGCUGAGAACGCAAGUCGGCUCUUCCGCUGGUGUCUGCAUCCUGCCGUUCCUUGCAUCCCGCCCUCGCCCACGCAGCUUUCAGACAUGGCCUCUGGCAACGCGCACAUCGGUAAGCCCGCCCCGGACUUCCAGGCCACUGCUGUGGUGGAUGGCGCCUUCAAAGAGGUGAAGCUUUCCGACUACCGAGGGAAAUACGUGGUUCUGUUUUUCUACCCACUGGACUUCACCUUUGUGUGCCCCACGGAGAUCAUCGCUUUCAGCGAGCAUGCAGAGGACUUCCGCAAAUUAGGCUGUGAAGUUCUGGGGGUUUCUGUGGACUCUCAGUUCACCCACCUGGCUUGGAUCAACACCCCCCGGAAGGAGGGAGGCUUAGGCCCCCUGAACAUCCCUCUGCUAGCUGACUUAACCAGAAGCUUGUCUCACGAUUAUGGUGUGCUGAAGGAAGAUGAGGGCAUCGCCUACAGGGGCCUCUUUAUCAUCGACGGCAAGGGUAUCCUUCGACAGAUCACUGUCAAUGAUCUACCUGUGGGGCGUUCUGUGGAUGAGGCCCUGCGUCUGGUCCAGGCCUUCCAGUACACUGAUGAGCAUGGGGAAGUCUGUCCCGCAGGCUGGAAGCCAGGCAGUGACACAAUCAAGCCCAAUGUGGAGGACAGCAAGGAAUACUUCUCCAAACACAACUAGACUAGUAGAUGGAUGGAAAGCUUUGGCUGUUGACCCUGUGCCCCUGUCUGGGUACCCUAUGAUAAUCCAAGAAAGGCCAUAUCUGUACCUUCAAUCCCUAGUCUGUUAUCCUAAGGGGUAGACCAAGGUCUUCUAUUGCUCCUGCCUGGGAGUUGAAUGUCUGGAGCCCACCUAAGCAGGGCAUAGGCAUAGAGGUAACUAUGCCUAUAACUAAUAAAGUUAUUAAGGAUGAAUGUGA